AGCACGCGCAGCGAUCCGGCAGCAUGGCAGCCAUCGGCUCUAGCUCGAGCCCAGACGCCGCCAUCUCUUCGUUGGGUUCCCUCGCAGCGUCGCCGGCGUCCUCCCCAAUAGAGUUUCCGACAACUUCUACCACAACUGCCCCGACGGGCAGCCAUUCGUCUUCCAUGAUGGUACGCGCGAUGACGACGCCCUACGUCAAGCCUUCUGCGUGUGCCAGUCGUUUCAUCACCACCAGCUUCAUGCACACCCUGUCCGAGGGCAAUAAUGCCUGGGCAAGCACGCAGGUGACACUUUACCUGUCUGAUUCUAGCGGGAUAUGCCAGGGCGAUGGUGAAGUCUACAGUCCCGCUGUGUGUCCCAGCGGUUGGACGGCGUGGUGGUUGGGCCCGCGGAUAGCGAUCAGCAGCAGCGCUCCCGGAAAUUCUUUUGGGGGCUUUUGCUGCGCAGGAGGGUUCGCACCAGACUACACCCAUUCAUAUCACACCGACGACAGUGUCUUCAACGCUUUCGCCUGCGCGUCAGGCGGCCAGGGCACGGCGCGAGUAACCGCCACUAGGCCCGAGGCGAACGAGACGACUCUCGCUACCUACACCUUCACCGGCUUCGACCAGGUUUACAUCCACCAGGCAUGGGAUAUCCGCUGGCAAGAGUCGGACAUUUCCAUGCUCACUCCACCCCCUCCCCCACUGGGUCUCUGCACCACCACAGCCUUGAGGAGCUGGGCCCCGGGUCUCCCCACAGACGCCGCACUCGCUGCCAUGGGCAUCUGCGAGCAGCCGACUGAUAGCUGGGGCGGCGGUUCGGCUGGAGUUUCGAGCUUUUUAUACUUCGUUAUCAUCUUCCCAAUCUGCAUGUUCUUAUUGGUCGCCGGGUGCUGCACAUGGGGCUUGUUUCGGUAUUCGAGGAGGAAGAGAGCAAGGGCAGAAGCCCGAAUCAUGGCGGAACAGAAUGUUUCAUUACCGCAUGACGCGCAGCAACACAAUGAUACAAUGGAACUGAUGCAAAAGUCGAGCAAACAAUAGGAGGCGAAGAUGGCUCUGGGCUGGAUAACAGACAGAGGAGGUUUCCCGACAGGGCGAAGGAGUGGCAUUGGAUACCCACAGGACAAAAGAGAUGGAACGCACUCACAUUAGCGCGAUUAUACAGAAUG